AACAAGCCACGCCCACUCACCUACCUGAAGCAGGAAGUGACCGGACUGGACGGAUCGUGUGUGCUUCGCUUAACGCUUGAGGAUUAAAGCUGAGCAGCAGACUAAAAUAGGUAAAAGGAAUAUAUAUUUAACAUACAGCAAGUUACUGAACUUAACCGACGCUUAUGCCGGUCGUGGAUCUGAUGUUCUGGUCGCUGUCAGAGCAGCAGGUUUGUCUCGUCUGAACGUGAGCUGGUGCUGGAACUCCUUUUCGCAAUGUCUUCAGCUCAGAGACACCACCUGUCACACCUGCUUCUCACUGUCCUUCUGGUUGGUAGUUGGACGGCAGACGGAGCUCAGAACAGAUCAGAGGUGGAGGCGGCGUCCUUCAACGUCUCCUCCAGGAGGCACAUUGUGGUCAAGGAGGGAUCCAGUGCUCUGAUCGAGUGUAACGUGACCGGAGGCCACAAUGACAUCAAGUGGUACAACUCGAAAGGGCCUCUGCUCGGCGGGAAGUGGCGGAUUGAGGAGAACGGGGUCCUUAACAUCACUGUUGUCUCCUUUGAGGACCGUGGACGCUACACCUGUGUCGCCUCCAGUGCUGUCGGUGGGAGCAAGAACUACACCAUCACCGUGCGUGUAGCCCACAACAACAGCGGCCUCGGCCUGUACUUUGUCAUUGUCUGCCUGGUGGCCUUCACCAUCACCAUGAUCCUAAACGUGGCGCGGCUGUGCAUGGUCAGCAGCCACCUCAAGAAGACAGAGAGAGCCAUCAACGAGUUCUUUCGCACCGAGGGUGCAGAGAAACUGCAGAAGGCGUUUGAGGUCGCCAAGCAGAUUCCCAUCAUCACAUCUGCCAAGACGCUGGAGUUGGCCAAGGUCACGCAGUACAAGACGAUGGAGUUCGCUCGUCAUAUGGAGGAUCUGGCACGGAGCGUUCCUCUGCCGCCACUCAUCCUGAACUGCCGCACAUUCGAAGAGGAGGCGACGGAAACGGGGGAGCACGUCAGGACAUUGCUGCCUGGUACCAGACAAGCUAUAGGCCCAUCCUCACCUGACAGAAAUGGAGAGGAGGAGGAGGAAGAGGUGUGUCAGGCACUGCUGUCAAGUGAAAGACACGGGAACAAAGGAAGUGGCAUCAACACAAAGGCUUCAGUCCACACAGUUAAUGAGAAGGUCACCCUCGAGGAUCAGGCACCAGGCACAAGAACAAGUGUGUCCUAUGAGAGCAGCAUAUAACCUGUCUCAGUCUGAAUCCCAUCAGAAGAAACACAGUUUCUGAAGUGUGAGGAGUCUAGAUGCACACGACUGGAAGAGAUCAAAAAUCUUUAAUAAAUGGUGGGUUAAUUAUCAUUUAGAUGUUGGUAAUUCUGGAUCAGUUCAUUGAUCUUGGCUCCAAAUCUUGGAUUUUGGAGAUGGAAAACAAACCCAUGGUCAACACGUUGAAACCAUGAAACAACUUUAUUGUCAGGUGAUAAAGAGUCCUAACUUCCAGAGUACUAUGUCAUUCUUUUUGAUUAAAAAGGUAAAACAAAGAACAUUAUAGUUAUUCUGUCUUUCCAUGAACGAGUUAGAUUCUUGGCCAUCAAAAUACUGCUUUCGUUCUGAGUCAUGUUGUUACUCCUUCCUGCACAGAAAUAUAUCCACACUGGCCUUUUGUCAAAGUUACAAAAGUCUCACUGAUAUUAUAAAACUAGCAUUAAAUCAAACUGGAUUCUCAACAGCCAAUCUCUACAGCAGCUCUACUGGUAAUGGAGGACAAACGGAGGAAGACUCAUCAAAACUGAAUUUUAAUCUGUGGUCACAUGUAUAUGAUGUGACACCACAUUACUGAUUUAUUUAUCAAUCGUUUAUCUGCGAUCAAUCACUCAAUCGAAUGAUGAUCAACUAAUGGUGCUAGUAAGUUAGACCAGAGCCGAACUGCAUCAACUGAACUCAGAGUUGUAUUUCAUCUUGUCUUCACUAUUUUAAGUUUUGUUGGUGUUUUUCAUGUUUGUGUGGUGGUUUACCUUCAGUUUUCAUUCUUUGGGGUUUGUCUGCACACAGUUUGGUGCAGCAGCAGGUGUAAGAGCUCGUUUUCUCGUUUUUUCAGCUUCUAUAGAGCAAAAAACGUUGCAGUGAAAUAUCGUUAUUGCCUCAUGUAGAUUGUUCUCAUGUCACUGCUUCCUGUCAACUAAGACUCCUGAAAUGACACCUGAAAAAGCCUCUUCACAGACUUGAUUGCCAUCUCCAUGUCUCUUUAUCUGUUUGUUAGACAGGACCACAGUUGAUUACAUGUAUUUUCUCGUAACAGUCAACACGAAGCUUCCAGCUAUUUUUACCGGCAGCAAAGGAACUGAAAUAUGGAUGUGAUUAUUUUAGUAUUAGACCUCCAAAAUAUUUCUGCCGGGAAGGAAAACGUCUCGUAAAAAUUGUGCUCAUAAAUAUUCAGAUAUCAUCUAUCACAUUGUGGAGUGUGACUGUCGUUUUUUUUUUUUAUUCUAUAAAGUGAUGCAGCAUUUGCCUCUGUAUUUAUUUGUGAGUUAUACUUAACGACACAAUGAAUAAUUAGAUCGAAGAAGUGUGAAAGAUAAACAUUGACUCGUUUGGAGCAAGUUUGCCUGUUUUGUGUCGAGGAUUUUCGUACGUGUUAAUGUAAAGAUGCUACUUUGUAUAUUUUGGAAAUGAAGUUGAAUAGUUUCUCAACAGGCCUUAAAGAUAGAGACUUGUUUGUUGUUUCCAAUAAAAAUAAAGUAUGAAAAGUUUGUGUCAAGCUCUUGAAGUAGUUGAAACCACAUGCGGUUAUGAGGAAUUCUUAUGACCUAAAAAACAAAACAUAUUGAGAGACCCUGUCAAACCACCUCUUCACUUGUCUCAGAGGGUUAUGACAGACAUUUGUAUCAUAUAAGGUGUAUAAACUGUGAACUAUAGGUGAGCAAAAAGGAUUUUUGGGAGAAAUUGUAAUGCAAUUAUGCUCUUGAAUCUUUCUGUUGUACAACUGCUGUUGCCACGUGAAAUGGUUUUGCUUUAAAAUAUGCACAGGUGAUCCUAAAGAGACAGUUCUCAGGGACUGAAGGCAAAUCUUUUUAUUUUUCUGUAACUGACAAUAAACACAACCAAAACAUUG